CCUCGCUCUGGCGCAAACAUCCACCCUUUACCCUUUCUUUCAGGGGUUAGAGCAAUACAUCCAAAAUUGCGAGCGACUCUCUAACCUCGUCUUCCCCAAUUAAAAUCCUACUUUUCAAGGUAUUUGCUAAUUCCCUCCAACAUUCCGCUCUUCUUUUCAAGGUGUUCCUCAUCCUCCCUCCUAUUCGCCCUGCAAAUUUUCCAUCAACAGAGACGCACGGCUCUAGCUUUUCUCUCAUUCUUCUUUGUUUUUGUGAUUUCAUCGUUCUAGGGUUUCACUUUUAGGUCGCUUUAUUGUUUUACCUUUAACUGGACAUCUUUCUUUGUUCUAUCAUUUUCCCGCAUUGAAUGUUUAUGAUCAAUUUCAUUCAAAAAAUAUCCUCUAUUAUCGGAUAUAUUGCAUCGUGAAGCUUUUCUCUCUCUUCCUCUCUAAAAGAAGUUCAGCGAACACCUCUAUGGCAUUUGAAUGCCACCAAUCUUCUGAAACUGGUUCAUGGAAACACACCUUCAACUGUUCACACAACUCUGGCAUAAGCAAAGCUGAACAUAAUUUAUCCGGAUCUUCAAGCAAUCAAGAUUACACACUUUAUUCUGAUACUCAAAAACCCGUAUUGAAAUUGAAUGCCAAGCAUUGUGUAUCUAUUACAAAUGGUGACGAAAUCCUACCUACUCAAAGAUCAAUAAACGAUCUCCCUCAAGCUUUAAUAUCUGAAAUCUUCAACUGCUUAGACCCCAAGGAGCUUGGCAUAGUCUCCUGCGUCAAUUCUUCAUUGUAUCAGGUUGCAUCGGAGCACCAAGUGUGGAAGGAGUUUUACUGUGAGAGGUGGGGGAAUCCAACGGUCACAAUAGCAUUGGGGCCGGAUAGCUCAGGUUUGAAGACGAAAUGGAAGGACCUUUUUGUGGAGAGGGAGUUUCGUAGCAAAACGUUUUUAGGUAGAUACACUGUUGACACCUUAUAUGGUCAUACUGAAGCAGUUAGGGCGGUUUUCAUCCUGUCUUCAAAGAAGCUUGUUUUCACUUCUGGGUAUGAUCAGAUUGUGAGAAUGUGGGACCUGGAAGAAGGGUUCUCUGUUUCGUCUUCCCGCCCUCUUGGUUGCACUGUCCGUGCCGUUACCGCUGAUUCAAAACUACUGCUGGCUGGUGGGACCGACGGGUUCAUACACGGUUGGAGGGCAGAGGAGGGAAACACCCGCUUGUUAUUUGACCUUAAAUCUCCUCAGAACCAAAACACAGAAUUUAGACUUUGGGAACAUCAAGGUCCUAUAACCUGUCUUGCAGUGGCCUUCAACAAGAUUUAUAGCGGUUCGUGGGACAUGACUGUCCGUGUUUGGGAUCGUUCUUCAUUGAAAUGUUUGACAGUUCUGAUGCACAAUGAUUGGGUUUGGAGUCUCGCCCCUCAUGAUGAUACAACAGUGGCAACCACCUCAGGAUCAAGCGUAUAUCUAUGGGACGCCGGAUCCGGGAUGAGACUUUCUGUUGUUGACAAUGCACAAAUGGGUAAUGUUUACUCAUUGGCAAGGAGCCACACUGGAAAGCUUAUAUUCGUCGGGGGAGAAGACGGGACCAUACACAUGUUUGAUGUUGUGAAGAAUCUAAGGUUGCGUUUGAGGAAGGCUGCCACGUGGGCUCCUCACUCAGGCCCUGUUUAUUCUCUCGUGUUUGAGUUCCCGUGGCUUGUUUCUGCUUCAAGUGAUGGUAAACUUGCACUCAUUGAUGUGAGGAAGUUGUUGAAGACGAGUAAGUAUUCAGCCUCUACGAGCUCUUAUAAGGUUGAGAAUCUGAACCACCACAGGGGGUUUUCCAGGUUCCAAGCUGACGCUAAAAGCAUUGAGCCUCCACAAAGAAUGCUGCAUGGAUUCGGGUCCAAUUUGUUUGCAGUUGAUGUUGGUUUGGACCGGAUCGUGUGUGCGGGUGAAGAAGGUGCAGUUAGGAUAUGGAACUUCUCUCAUGCGUUGGAAAUAGAGGAGAGAGUGCGUGCUUUGAGAGGGUUAAGGUUAGAGAAUAGAAUGAGGAGGCGUAAGAUUCAGUGUAACAUGAAUGGAAAAGGUGGGGAUCAGUGUUGUGUGGCAGCAAAGAAGAAUCAAAUCAAUGGGGAUAGGAAUGGAUGGCAGAACAAGCGUAGGGUGAGUGGGAAGCUGAAGGCAUAGUUAGUAAAUCGCUAAAUCUUGUUUGCUUUCAUAGCUAAUCAAUAAUCAUGUAGCUGCACUCAUAUCGCCCACCCAUAGAUAGUACUAUUAUAUACCUACGCUUCACCCAUUGUUUGCUGCUUUGUGAAUGCAUUCCAUUUUCGUUCAAUUGUUU